GUGGGUACCGAUUCUUUGACAGCUGGAUGCAGUCAGUGAGCACGCGCAACGCGGGCUACUCCAUUGUCAACAUCUCCUACCUCACAGCUGCCACCAACUUCCUCUUUUGUGGUUUCAUGUACAUGGCGGUCUACCCGGUCUUUCUCACACGUCAGUCCUCCCGAGAGCAGCGCGACGUGCAAGACUCGGACGACCUAGCUGUCUUCUCAGAGGACCUGCAUGGGGGCGUGCUUGACUCCUCAGUGCUGGCGCAGGGCCGGCACCUGGUGGCACAGGACUCGGUGUACCUGUUUGUCUCCGUCUUCCUCAUCUGCGUCAUCCAGAACGGGGAAUUCAACUCCGACCCAGCCAACUGGACCGUCUUCAAAGUGAUUUUCGAGAUUAUUAGUGCCUACGGCAACGUGGGACUGUCUCUGGGAAACAGCUGCCCCACCAGCAACCCCGACUGCACAGACGCGCCGCCCUACAGCUUUUCAGGCACGUGGUCAGUGAUGUCUAAGCUAAUAGUCAUCCUCGUGAUGCUGCUGGGGCGCCACAGAGGGCUACCAGGCAACAUCGACGCCGCCAUUGUCAUUCCGCCGCCCAAGCAGUUCCAGCGCCGGCCUGCCCAGCGAAUCACAGAGAAUCCCGCUGUGCUGCUCACACGAGCGCUCACAAUGACCAAGUCUCAGCCCAGCUCUCUCAUGCGCCGCAUCUCCUCGCUGCAUGCUACUCGGUCAACUCCUGGAGCUGUGCCAUCUUCAGUGCCCUCGUCUGUUCCUUCAGAAGUGCCAUAUUGGGUUCACACUAGCUAA